CGAGCGUCCGACCAGAAAUCGCGUUCCAGCCUGUACGCAAAUAUACCGAGCAUGCUGCUCCGGUCGCUUCGCCUUCGCCGCCUCCACGCCGGCGUGCGCUACCCGCUCGUGCCCUAUGUCGCCGACGCGGCCGCGCUGCGCCUCUCGCCGUCGACCUCGGUCGCGCUCUUUGGCGUCAACCUCGAUGCCAACUCGUCCUUUCUGCGCGGCGCCGCCGAUGCGCCGGAUGCGAUUCGCCACGCGUUCGUCUCCGACAGCGGCAACGGCUCGUCCGAGCGCGGCGUCGACGUCGGGCAGCUGCAGGCGUCGGCGCUCCUCGAUCUCGGCAACGUCGCGCCAGCCUUCGACGUCAUCUCGGCCGUCGCUGCCGCGGCUACGCGCGCCAACCACCGGCUGCUCGUGCUUGGUGGCGCGGCUACGCGCGCCAACCACCGGCUGCUCGUGCUUGGUGGCGACCACAGCAUCACGUUUCCCGUGAUCCGCGGUCUCCGCGCAGCGCUCUUGGAAGCGGGCGAGCGUCGGCUCAACAUUCUGCACCUUGACGCGCACAGCGACAUGUAUGCGGACGACGUCCUUGGCGGUGGCAACGCGCACUCGCAUGCGUCGCCGUUCGCGCGCAUCCUCGAAGGCGGCCUCUGCACGCGCCUCGUGCAAACCGCGCAUUUGCGGGACCAAGCCGCCAAGUACGGUGUCGAAGUCCACGAGAUGCAAGGAAUCGCAAAGCGUGGGCUGCCAGCGCUGGCCUUUGACGGGCCGCUGUACAUCUCGGUCGACCUCGAUGUCCUCGACCCUGCGUUCGCACCUGGUGUGAGCCACUACGAGCCCGGCGGUCUCUCGACUCGCGAGGUGCUCUCGCUUCUGCAGGAUGUCAAGGCGACGACCAUUGUUGGCGCCGACAUUGUCGAGCUCAAUGUGGCGAGGGACACUGGCGCUGGCCACGCUUCCGUGACGGGCCAGACGUCACCGGGCAUGACGGCCAUGGUCGCCGCCAAGUUGAUGAAGGAGCUCCUCGCCCGUCUCUGGGCUUGAUAAUACAGCGAUAUGGCUGCUUGUUGUGACAGAGUGCCAUGUCCCGCCACUGCUAGCGACUCUGGUAAGCAUUUGCCUAGUCCAUGAGCUAUCAACUAUUAGAUUGUGUCAUCCA